CUCAUAUAUUCUCUGUUGUGAUGAGGUUUUUGGAAGGCGGGAAAUAAACAGCUUUGUGUGGGUUUUUUCCGGAACUGGAUUUAACUUCAUGUUUUACUAGCAGAAAUUUUAAGCAAUCUGAAAAGCAAAAGAGUUAGGCAACAGAUAUGACAUUGCGAGCAUUUGAAGCUACUCCAAUGGCCACAUCUAGACCACAUCUGACUCCUACAUGGAGAUAUACAGUCUGCAGGAUAUUGCUGUUUCAUCAUAGUGAAAUCGAGCCUGACGAUUAAAAAGGGACUUCAGUCCUGGUUGGCAGAUCACCUUUUGCUGAGUUUCUAAUUGCCAAAUCUGAUGAUUUUCACAAGCUGAGAAUAUCUAGUUGACAAAUCCAUCUGGAAAAAAAAAGCUGUAACACAAUACAGUGCAUUACGGCUACAGUUACUAGCUGUAAGAGAACCAGCCAAUGUAUGAAUGCUAGCUAAAGCAUUGCAUUAACGCUUGCAUUUUGAAUAACUGGCUGGCAUUUAGCCACACCAUUUCAUCCUGGAGAUUUUCUAUCGAGUUGGAGAUUUCCUAUUGAGUUGGAUGUAAAAGGUGGAACAUUACUGGUCGUGAAAUCGAUUUAGAAUUAUAUAAAAUUCUGACGAACACUUUUUCCUCUUUGCAAUUACUGAAGAAUUUCUAUUGAUUUAUAUUUGGGGAAAAUCAUAAUCUAACCAUAAUUCAAAAUGUUGAAAGUUUUGUUUCAUUCGUUGACUGGUGGAUUUAAAAUCUUAAUAUUAUUCAUUUUUAUCAUUCUCACAAAUCUUUAUGGAUGUAAAUCCACACAAUUAUCUAAAAUACAAGGGCAAGAAGCUAACUUGAUUUUCCCUUACCCAUGUGAUAGUACAAAAGUCUCAUUACAGCAUUCGUACAGAGUCCCAUUCUAUAGCUCUACAGAUGGGUUGUCACUGUCUUUGUCGCAAGAUCAGGUACAAAGAUACAAUGUUCAGAACAGAAAUAACACUGAGAAUUGCUCUCUGGGGUUUACAAUAAGUAAUCUACUGAGCAUUGAUCAAGGGACAUACAUUUUGUCUGUAUACAAGGAUGGGGAAAUACUAGUUGAACAAACACACAGGAUUUGGCUACAGGUUGAUUAUCCUCCUGGUAAGGCAUCAUGUGUUGUGAGUGAUGAAAAGGGUGGAGACUGGGUUUCAAUAGACUGUACAGCUAAUGUUGGGAGUCUAUCAGGAGAGAUUGAAUGCUAUCAGGAUCGUGUAUGGAUGCCUCCCCUAAGUGAUCCUAUUGAAACUAGAACAUUAUUGAAACAGACUAUUCUUAUCAGAAAAUCCCAGCCGGUAUUUUGUUGUUCUUCUACUCUGAUUGAAUACAAAGAAAGAAUUGAAUGUAAUGAUACUGCAUUGUAUCUAGCUGGUAACAAUAGCACAUACCCAAGUCCUUUGACAUCAACAGCUACAACAAGAACUCUGAAUGAUAUCACAGAAACUACAGAAACUCAAUCGUACAUGGUUUCCAACACAACAAUAUCAAUGAAAGAAAAUUAUGUGACAUCAGUGAUUAUUCAUUCCGUUUUUGUGUGUAUUGAAGUUAUACUGCUCUUAUUCAUUGUCUCCCUCAUAUAUAAAAAGAAAAAGGGAUUUAGAACAUGUGUUGAUAAACAGAAAAGUUCUUCUCAAGCAGUACUAAUGAAAAAAGAUGAUCACAUUAAAGAAUGAAUUGUAAUGGGUUAAUUGGUUGAACUUUCAUUGUGUAAAUUCAUCACAGAAGCUCCUUUAUGUAUCCCCUGUAUAUGAACUAUAUCUUUUUCAUGAUAUAUAACAACUAGAUAAUAUCCAAUUUACAGAUUUGUUGAAUGAUUAAAAAGUUAGAUGGAAUGGAGGUCAAAUAUUAAGUUUUAAAUGUUAACAAAUCUGGCAUUCCAUCCCAUAUUCAGGACAUAUGAAUAACUCUUUAACAAAUUUGUCUAAUGAUUGAAACCAAAAAUUCAAUGUUGGAGUCUGAUUUUCAAUGUCCAACAUUAAAAUGAAGAUUUUGUACUGGGGUAAAGAGUAUUUGGCAAUUCCAGUAAUGAGAACACUGACGUACUGAUGUCUGUCAUUUUGAAGUAAUGAUUUCACAUCAAUUAUUGAAACACAAGAAAAUGCACUUCCUAUAGCUUUACUAUCAGUGUAAUUCAUAGCAUAUUUUCUUCAUUGAUAUAAACUGGGAAAUUUUGAGAUUUUCUAUGGAAAGAGUGAAACUUUCUCUGGGCAAUCUGUGUAGAUUUUGUCAUGCGCCCACCUUGAGCAAUGCGGAGCUAAAAUUUCCAUCUACCUUUCUAGGCUUUCAUCCCUGCAAUGUGCAGCUGUAUAAUAAUGUAGCUAACUUUGGAUCAAUUGUAUUGAAGUUGUAAAAAAAAAAGUUUGUUUGUUGGUUCAUUUUCAUUCAGUACUCUGUUCCAAAGAACUGUUUACCCGAUAAAGUGUGAUGUGAAUAUAAUCUCCUGUAGAGGAAGAUAAAAGAAAUGAAAGAACCAACUACUUUAUUUAUCUAUAAUUUAAUGAGCCAAGUUUCUCUAGAAGAAAGACAAGAACACUGCACAGAAAUACUAGCUUUGUCAGAAUGGCUUCCAUUCAAUAAGUCAGGAUUUUGAAUCCAAAAAACUAGGACACUGAGUUACAUGUACUUCAAUGUUUUUUAAGGUACUAUUAUGCUAUUUUAUAAUGGCUUCUAUUCGAUGAGUCAGGAUUGUAAAUACAGGUUUUUGAUGUCCAAAGACGCUUGAAUACUGAGUUACAUGUAAUCAAUGUUUUAUAAGGUACUAUUAUGCUAUUUUAUGAUGGCUUCUAUUUAAUGAGUCAGGAUUUCUAAAAGAGUAUUUCUUGUCCAAAGACACUGGACACUGAGUUGUAUGUACUUUCAUGUUUUUUAAUUAUACUGUUAUGCUUUAUUAUGAUGUCUUCCUUUCAAUGAGCCAGUAUUGUAUAUGCAGGGUUUGAUGUCCAAAGACACUUGGAUACCGAGUUAUAUGUACUUACAUAUAUUUAGAUUAUACUGUUGAUGGCUUCCAUUCAAUGAGGCAGGAUUGUAAAUUUAAAUUUUUGUUGUGCAAGGACUCUUGAUAUACUGUAUUACAUGAACUUCAAUCAUUGUUUUUGAAUGACUAUUAUGCUCUUUUAUUAUGUCUUCCAUUCAAUGAGUCAGGAUUGUAAAUACAAGUUUUUGUUGAUCAAAGACACUUUCAUACUGAGUUACA